GGGCAAGAUUAUUAUAUAAUAAUUAGGUGAGAUGUAUGGACUUCAACAUAAUACAUCUAUAAAUUAUGAUUAUGGUGUUUAAUUAAGUAGCCUAAUUAGAUGUACCAAAUCUGUAGUUGUUGAAAAUAAACAGUGUCUAAAUGAAGGGAGCAGCCAUCUUUCUUCUCCUGCUUCCUUUAGUUCACAUUCACAAAACCCACGCUGUUGAACUCGACACCAUUUCCGACUCGCAGUUCUUGACCGAUGGAGACACGUUGGUGUCGCGGACAGGAUUCUUUGAACUUGGAGUUUUUCGGCCUGGUAGCUCUGAUAACAGAUAUGUUGGUAUUUGGUACAAGAAAAUACCUGGUACUGUUGUUUGGGUUGCCAAUAGAGACCACCCGAUCACCGGUGCAUCACCAAUUGUGUUAAAGAUUGAUGAUCAAGGAAGUUUGAUUCUCUCCAACAAUAUCAGCACAAUAUGGUCGUCAAAUCUGACCACACCAUCACCAAAAGCAACUGCAAAGCUAGAGGACACCGGGAAUCUAGUGGUGAUGGAUCAACGCGAGAGGAUUAUCUGGCAGAGUUUUGAUUACCCAACCGAUACUCUUCUACCUGGCAUGAAGUUAGGAAAAGAUUACUUGAGGAGCAAGGAAUGGCAUCUAUCAGCAUGGAAAAACAAUCAAAAUCCAAGUCCAGGUGACUUCACAUGGGGAGCUGAUACACUUGGUUAUCCUGAAAACAAGCUAAAACAAGGUCCACAGGUCACAUUCAGGGGCGGGCCUUGGAGUAAUCAGCGAUUUAGUGGGAUUUCGGCAUUUAAUUCUAGCUUGACCUUUACAUAUAAGGUAGUAAUUAAUGCAAGUGAGAUGUCGUUUUCUUAUAAUCUUGACGACAGUUCUAUCCUGUCAAGAACAACCUUAAAUUCAUCUGGGCUGCUAGAAAGUUCGGUGUGGGUAGAAAAUGGUACAAAGUGGCAGCUUGCCUUGUCAUUACCAAGAGACAUUUGUGAUAGAUACAACAUUUGUAGUGCUUAUGCAAGCUGCAGUAUUAAUAUGAUCCAACAGUCUUGUGCUUGUUUGGAUGAAAAAAGAUUUGUGCCCAGAGACCAAAAGAGUUGGGAAAGAGCUGACUGGUCAGGUGGUUGUGUUAGACGAACACCGUUGGAUUGCAAAAAUGGAUCAGAAGGGUUUAUUAAAUACUCUAAUAUAAGACUGCCAGACACAGAAAAAACCUGGUUUAACAUGAGCAUGAGUUUAGAAGAAUGUGAAGCAAAAUGUUUAAAAAAUUGUAGUUGCAUGGCUUAUGCAAAUCCAGACACCAGUCUUCAAGGUAGGGGCUGCUUGCUUUGGUUUGAUGAUCUUUUCGACAUUCGAGGGUAUUCUGUAGGAAAUGGAGGUCAGGAUAUUUUCGUACGAAUGGCUUCUUCCGAAUUAGUUGCUGAAUCAAAUAUGAAAAAGAAGGGAGGGGCAAACAUUAAAAUUAUAUUACCAGUAGCUAUUAUUGGAGUUCUUCUCAUGGGGUUGUUCUCGACAUGGUUGUUGUACGCACGAAGAAAAAGGAAUCAUGCCAAGGGAGGAAAAUCAUUGCAUGAAAACAAUGAAGAAGACAUUCAACUACCAUUGUUUAGCUUCUCUACAAUAGCUAAUGCCACUGCAAGUUUUUCAGAAAAAAAUGUACUUGGGGAGGGUGGAUUUGGACCGGUUUAUAAGGGAGUUUUAGAAGAAGGGAUAGAGAUUGCAGUUAAACGUCUCUCGAAAACAUCUAGCCAAGGAGUUAAUGAGUUCAAGAAUGAAGUCAUUUGCAUUUCAAAACUUCAGCACCGAAAUCUAGUGAAGCUUCUUGGCUGUUGCAUAGAAGGAGACGAGCGGCUAUUGAUCUACGAGUACAUGCCAAAUAAAGGCUUAGACUCGUUUAUAUUUGAUGUAAAUGAAAGCAUGACCCUUGAUUGGACACAACGUUUCAACAUCAUCAAAGGAAUUGCUAGAGGACUUCUUUAUCUCCACCAUGACUCGCGAUUAAGAAUAAUCCAUAGAGAUCUAAAAGUGAGCAACAUUCUGCUAGAUCAAGAUAUGAACCCUAAGAUAUCAGACUUUGGUAUAGCUAGAAGUUUUGGAGGAAAUGAGCCCCAAGCAAACACACACAGAGUUGUUGGCACAUAUGGAUACAUGGCCCCAGAAUAUGCACUAGAUGGUGUUUUCUCAACAAAGUCAGAUGUAUUCAGCUUUGGUGUUUUGGUGCUCGAGAUUGUGAGUGGGAAGAAAAACAGAGGAUUCAUUCAUCCCGAAAAUGAUCAUAAUCUUGUCGGGCAUGCUUGGAAUGUGUAUAAUGAAGGAAGAUCAAUGGAACUGCUUGAUGAAAGUAUAGCUGAAUCCUGCAGUCCACCCGAAGUUCUAAGAUCAAUCCAAGUGGGGUUGUUAUGCGUCCAACAAAAUGCAGGAGAUCGACCAAACAUGUCUUCUGUAAUCAUGAUGCUUGGCGGCGAGAGCGUGUUGCCAAAUCCUAAACAACCAGCAUUUUUCAUGGAAAAGGACUUUCUUGUAGCAGACUUUUCUUCAAGCACUUAUCCAGCAGGUUCAGUCGAUGAUGUAACAAUUACAGAGGUAGAUGCUAGAUAAUGAAUUCCUUCCAUGUAUAUGUGGUUUAGAAAUUGUAAAAGUGUUUGUUGUUGGUUUUUGGGAUUAUUAUGAUUUGUAGGGAAUCCACUAACAUUACGGAAGUAGUGUACAUCUUCGGGUUACUUGUCACGUAUUGUCCCCGAGUAAGAUCUGUUUUGUGUGCACUUAUGGAAGCAGCUGACUCUCUAGAAACCAAAAUAAUCCCAAAAACCAAAUAUGCUAGAUAAUAUGCAUUGCAUAUUUGUUUUAACUUAGUUUCUGUUAAAAAGAUUGUAACAUAUUGAUUCUUGAAUUCCCAUUAUUAUAUAAUAUUCAUAGAGCAACUUUUCAUUA